AUGAAUGAGACCGUCGAUAAGUGCUGUCCUUCCAGCUACGACUGCACUGCCUCUACAAGGGCACCAUGUACGAGGUGGGCAAGGACGUGCCCGUGGACGGCCCCUGACUUGACUCACCCUGGCGUCACUGUGUGUCGCAUAAAGUGUGUCAUUAUUCUGACAAUAUUACCCUUGACUCACCCUGGCGUCACUGUGUGUCGCAGAGCCAAGAUCGAGUGCAGUAUCGUCGAGUGCCCGUCGCUGUUCUCGCCUCCCAAGCCGGGCUGCCGCAACCUCUUCAGCAUCGACGAGUGUUGCGAGGUUGACCAAGAGUGCCACCCCAUCGUGCCGCCAUCAGAGGUUGUCUCACCAGAAGCAAAUGCAACGAUCAGGCCAGCUGACUGCGUCUCGGAGGGACUGCAUUAUUUCUUGGGCGAUAAGAUCUUGUUCGGCUCAGCUCCGUGCCAGUACUGUGUCUGUACCAAGGAAUUCACGGGGGCAUUCGGGCCUGGCUGCACCAAGGUCGACUGUGGCAUGGAAUACAGGAACCGUCACUACCUUCGUCUAGGCUGCAUCCCGCUCUACCUUAGCGCCUCCUGCUGCAACGUCGACUGGAUUUGCCCUGGCAGCCCUCAGAUCAUUCUGGACGCCGACAUGAAGGCGACAGGUGCCGAGACUCCCUCGACGCACGGCAAGUUCGGAGACUUGGCUGGUCCCGUGGGUUCCUCACUCACCACCUACGACUGCCACAUCAGCUGCACCUGUGCCACACCACCUGAGUUCACCUGUGUUCGCUACCCUACCUGCGAGGUGGCCCUCCAGGCCCAGAAGGCUGGAUACAUUCCUUAAAGAAGGAAUAAGGAUUCAUUCCUCAAAGAAGGAAUAAGGAUUCAUUCCUUAAAAAAGGAAUAAGGAUUCAUUCCAUGAAGGAAACUUCAAUGGUUCGCUUUUUAGCUGCACAGGCUGAUGCAUGACAAAAAUUUUAAACCGAAAAUUAGUUUUUCUUUUCUCCUCGUGAUUUGUACCGUCUCUUAGUAACAGAGAAUUGAGACAAGUAAAAUUAGAUCGUUUUUUGCAAAUUAAAACUAAACUUCUUCAAUUUAAUAUGAGAUGAAUAAAAAACAGUUACAAAUAACUUUAUUAAAUAACCUUAAUUUCUCCAGACUAGCCGGCUAUUGCACAACUGCGGAUAUUCAGCUUUUGGCUAUUAUCGUAAUGGACAUAUAUCAUUUGAAUAGCAUUUAAUUACAGCCUGUACUUCCGCCAGACCGCAACUUUUCCUUCCUAUUCCGUCAUGAUGAUUUGAUACGAACUUCAAUGCUUGCAACAUUUGGAGUUCAUUAGAUCCAGCCUCUAGCGUUGAGUAAACCUCAUCAUUAAGUGUGUGUUUUGUUCUCCUGGAGUUCCGUACGUGCACUCAGACAAAUGAAGAGGCUUUGUCCAUAUAGCGAUAUAAGUUUUACCCUGGUGUACGUCAUCAUGACUUGGUUUAGCUCGGAAAAAGGGCGUAUUAGUUUCGAAAGUUUGUCAUUAUUUGGACACAUAUGAGUGAUGUGGCACAACGUGAGGUUACCUGCGGUUAUGGCAUCCCGAUUUCGACCUUGAAUGAAUGGCAAUUUAGUGUCGUCAAUUGUUCCGUGAUUGUUCGUGCCAGUCGCGCUGUAGCUUCGAUUUAUGGCAUACAAUGCUUGCUACAUUUGUUAUUCAUUAGAUCCAGCCUUUAGCGUUGAGUAAACCUCAUCAUUAA